AUGGAUAACUCCACGUUAGAUCAACUGAAAACUUCAUCUGCUGGUUGCCCUUGGACGGUGUCUACAUUGUUUACAUCAAUUUUGGCCGUAAUAACUACAGUUACUUUAGUUGGAAAUAUGCUCAUUGCUGUAGUCUUCUCCAAGAACCCCAGCCUACGGACAAGCACCAACUACUAUAUCGUGAAUAUGGCAGUCUCUGACUUCCUCGGACCGUUUUUCAGUUGGCCGCUUUACGUUAGUGAAGGCAUGUUCACGCGCAGUGUUUUUAUCAGUGGGACUUGGGCUUUGGCUGUAUGCAAGUUGGGAAUGUAUUUUAGGGCGGUAUCUCAGAUAGUUUCCGUUGUGAGUCUGGUGUUAAUCGCUUUGGACAGAUUUGUUGCGAUUGUUUUUCCUUUUAAAGUUGCUAUGAUGAAUUGGAAAAUUCGAGGGAUCUUAUUGUUGGUAUCGUGGCUAAUAGCGUUGCUUAUCGUUCUUCCUUACGCACUGUUUUCCAAGAUAACUACAGUAGAGGACCAGAUUGUUUGCAGGUUUAUCGCGAACGAGGAAACAACAACGGUUUUUCAUGCGAUCGGCAUCGUUCUAAUUUACUUUAUUCCCCUGAUUACGAUCAUCGUCUUGUAUUACGUGGUCAUGAGAAGAUUGAAAAAGAGAAGCAAAAAAACUAACAUUCAAACAAGCCAAAAUAACUUUGACCGAAGCCAGCAGAAUAGGAAAAUUCUGAAAAUCAUGAUAACUAUUGUCAUUGCCUUUUUUGUACGCUGGACACCACUCUGUAUUUAUCUGUUUCUCAGAAAGUUUUUUCCAUCUCUGUUUCCGAAAGACAAAUGUCAAUUAAUUACUGGUUUUACCUUCUAUAUUUUUCCGUCUUUAAGUACAGCUAUUAAUCCGCUCAUCCUCUUUGCGUUUAGUACAAACUAUAAGCAAGCCUUGAGAACUCUGUGUUCUCAAUUCGUCUCUCUC